AUGGGCAGACAUUUGACGUUGGCAGUGUUUUUCUGCCUGUUCCGGACAAGAUCAUCCUCUCACGUCGUCGUUUAUUGGACCCUGAACCAUGGGCAGCGAUAUGGGAACGUGUCAAAGGAAAUUCAAGUGGAAGACUUCGAGGAGUGCUACCUGAAAUGCUUCAGGGACGAACUGUCUCGGCUCUGCCACGCUUUCAAUUUUCGGGGAAGGGAUGGCUCCUGCCAUUUAAUAUACGACAGAAGCAAUCUCAUCCCCUCAGAAGGGUACGCGACACUCGCCCAAUGUGAAUUUGUGUAUCCGGAAUGCAAACUUUCUCAAAUGGGAAAGGAAUACGUGGGGUCAUUGAAUGUAACAGACUCAGGGAAACCAUGCCUCAGAUGGGACUCACCACGACUGGCAACAACCUACGAUUCCAAUCCUUCCGAUGGCUUCGUGGAUGCCAUGUUUUAUGACGAGCAUGUCUUGAACCAGGAUCUAUCUUUACAUGAAAACUUCUGCAGGAACCCAACAUUUAAGGACAGGCCCUGGUGCUUCGUCGACGAUGGCACCAUCCAUUCCGAAUAUUGUCAGGUUCCCCUAUGCGACGAUAUGGGAAAACUAGAAUGCAAAUUGACGCAGAAGGGAGGGGAAUAUGUGGGAGUGAAGAACAGGAGCAUUUCCCGUUUUCCGUGCCUUCCGUGGUUGGAAUCGACACACUUCUUGAAGGAUCGGAUCUAUAAUGAUAGGCGCCCACCUUUUCCGGAUCUCCUCAGUGACACUCACAACUACUGUCGCAACCCCAAUGCAAAGCCAGGUGGUCCCUGGUGCUAUAUUCAGGAUUCUGGAGAGUCCGGCAUAGAAUGGGAAUAUUGUGAUGUGCCUUUUUGUGCAUUGGAAUAUCCAAAUAUUGCAUGUGACUCACGGAACCAGUGUGAAUCAGAGAAAGAUGACGUCCUAAGCUUAUAUCCGGAAUGUCGGAAGACAGAAAUGGGAAAGGAAUAUAAGGGCAUCAAAAACCGAACGGAAACCGGGAAGAAAUGUCUGCCUUGGGGAAUUCCAGUAAUCAAGAAAGCCUUGGAAAAUAUCCUGCUGUCCCACAUCUCUGCUGAAGACCGCUUCAAAGAAAAGUUUCGGGUUUUGGAUAACAUGGAUUCCUGGACGAAUGAGGAAGCAAACUAUUGCCGGAAUCCAGGGUUUCGAAAACGACCGUGGUGCUUCAUCUCGGAUGAUCUGAAAUGGGAAUACUGCCACAUCCCGUUCUGUCCUAAUCGUAAAGAGCCAGUGAACUGCAAGCUGACCUUUCAUGGAAUGGAGUAUGCGGGGAAAACGAACAUGACGAGAGAUGGGAAGAAGUGUCAACCCUGGCUGAGCCAGACUCCUAACAAGCAUUCCAUGAUCUUUUCUUUGUCCUAUUUCCCUGAUGAUGGCAUGGACAGUCGUCACAACUACUGUCGUAAUCCAGACAUUGAUGGCAAUGGGCCCUGGUGUUACACCGAGGAGGACAUUGGUCGCCAGUAUUGUGACAUUCCUUUUUGUUGGGAAAUGUAUCAGAGAUCUGCUGUGAAAGGUAUGCAUUGA